AUGUAAAUAAAUAUCUUAUAAAAUAAGAAAAUAUUUUUUUAUUUAAUAAGGUCUAGUUUUUUCUUCUAUUAUGCAAGUGACGACGAAUAUAAAAAUGAGUAAUCAUAAUGUCUAUCGGAUGUUAAAAGUAAUCACAUGAUACGUAAAAAAAAGCUUUCAAAUUUAUUAUCUGAGCUAUCUAAAUGCCCGAAUCUCAUUCAUUUGUAUUUAAAUCUAUAUUGGAAAAAAACAAAUGUUAAUAAUCCUUUAGAUCAAUUUAGCUCAGAAAAUAAGGACAAUUAUCAAUCUUUUUCACUCAAUUUGAAAGAAUCAUUUAGAAAAAGUUUAAAAUCUUACUAUAUUUUGUAUAUAAAAUCAUGGUUUAACUAAUUAUUAAUGUUCUAAAAGGAUAUAUUCUUUGGUUUAAACUAGUUAGAUAACUACUCACAUUUUGAAAUUAGUUUAGGGUGA